AUGGAAGUACGAGAAGUUGAAGAUGUAGUUCUACUAGAGGAAACUAAAACUACAGAUCCUAUUCUAACACGGAUAGUCAAUUACGAACCAUUUUCCCAUAUCAGUCCCAAAUUGAAAAGUUCCCCAAUAAAUGAACUACCAGACAUUAGAACACAAGAGGCUCUAGUUGUCUAUGAUUUACUAUGUGUCAUGCGAGGUAUUGGAGGGAUCUAUAUCCGGUUCAAUAAGGAUUAUGAUCCUCAUAGUGGUGAAGAACCACAGUUCCGAUUAGUGAAAAGGAUGGAUGCAUCAUUGAAAUCGUUUUGUAGUAAGAUUGUGAAUCUAGGUAAAUAUUACAUCAUGUUAAGAAAGGCUAGUGAACAAUGGUCUGGGGACCGAUAUGGUAUUGUAUUACAACGUCUUGGUUUUGAGCUUAGAAGUUAUUUGAAUGACGUCUAUUUGAAGUUUAUAUUGGAUGAAUUAGAAUCUAAAUUCAUGGAGAAAGGUCGUUUUUCAUUAAGAGAAUUUAAACAGAUUGUGAAUAAUAGUAAAUUGCAUCAAGAGAUGCAAAUCCUGUAUCAUAUAAAAAAUAAAAUUGAUCAAGAGAUGGAUAUGAGAAGUAAGAUUGACCCAGAUAAGAUCAAGUUUUCCAACCUAUUAGCUGAGUUAAGAGGGAUCAACAACGAGACUACAAAUCCAACAACUUCUACCACUGACAACAUGCGCAAUGAGGAUAACACUUUGGAGGACAAAUACUCAGUGUUUAUCGACGGAGACUAUUUUCCUGUGGCUAAAGGUGGAGUCAUCAUCAAUGUGAUUGUCUCUGUGAUAAACGAUUGUCUUGGAGAUCUCCAUGCAGUUCAAUUCAUGAAACAAUUAUUGGAAGCCAUCAGUGGAUCUUAUUGUGAUACGUUACAUCAAUGGAUGACACAAGGUAUAUUGAAUGAUCCACAUGAUGAAUUUAUGAUCAAUGAUACUAUGAAGCAUUUCAAAGGUGUGAUCAAUAAUCCUAUUGAAUAUGAACGGAUAUGGUUAACUCAAUAUUGUGUUAAGAGAGAUGGAUUAUUGGCAAAAUUUUCAAUGGGGAAUAAUAAAGAAUUGUUAUUUAAAAUAGUGAUGACGGGGAAACUUUUAAAUUUAACUCGAACCAGUCUACAAAUGUCACAAUUACCUAUGCCUAAUCAAUUAGAUGAAAUCAUGACUCCUGUAUCAAUAAUUGAUAUGUUUGAAGGUACCAAAUUUGAAUUAUAUAUAGAUCGAUGGUACCAACGUGCGAAUGAUUUAAGUUUACAAUUAUUCUAUGGUAAUUAUGGGAUUCAAGAGAUUUUGAUCUGUUUACAACGUCGAUUCUUUGGAUAUUGUAAUGAUCAAAUCUUUCAAAGAUUACUACAUAAUAACCUUAAUGAAUUAACGAAACGCCAUAAUAUUGAACAACGUCAAAUGAGUAAUAAUAAAUUAGUUCAAUUUUUAAGACAUGAAAAACAAUUACAAAUUAGUGAAGGCACCACGACAAAUGAUGAUAUUAUUUUGGCGUUAUUAAGUGUUAGUUAUGAUAGAUAUUCCUUUCGAGAAAACAUGUUAGAGGAAAAUGAACGAUAUAAUUCAUUUGAAGAGAAUUUCAAUGAAUUAAUAGGGCAUGACAAUAAUAACAAUAAUAAUAACAUUAAUAAAUUUACCAAUGCAUUAUUGCAAGAUAUUAAUAAAGAUAAAUCUUUAGGAACAACGGGGACAACAACGGGGACAACAGCAACAAGAACAAACAAUGAAUUAAAGAGUAAUAUACAUUAUUUAACGUUUGAUGUAUCCAUACCUUAUCCAAUUAAUGUUAUUAUUAAUAGAGUGAAUAUUACGCAAUAUCAAACAGUUUCGAGAUAUUUCCAUUUAAUUCAAUAUCAUAGUACAUUAUUAGAUGAAAUAUGGUUAGAGAUUAAUAAGAACAAAAUAUGGCGAUAUACAGGCUAUUCGACAGAUGUUCAUUAUAAGAUAAUUAGACGUAGUAGAAUAAUUCAUAUGAAGAUGAAUCAUUUUAUUAAAUGUUUAAAUGAGAUAAUUAUAAGAGAAUCGAUUGAUAAAGAGAUGUCGAAUGUAAUGAAUGGGAAAUUUACUAAUAUAAUUGAUUUACAAAAUGAAUUAGAGAUUAGAUUAAGUAAUAUUUUGGGUAAUAAUAAUUUAUUACAAUUAAUGGAUAUUCAAUUACAAAUGUUUGAUAUAAUUCAAAUUUUUUGUAAAUUUAUUGCGUCAUCCAGAUCGAAAUUGUGUCAAUUAGAUUAUAAUCUGUAUGAGCGGUACCUUUCCCAAAGAAGUAAUGCUAAGAAAGCGACAACGACGACGAUUCAAGCAUACGAUGAAGAUAAAUCAAUUGAAAUAAUAAGUCAAUUAAAUCAAUUUUUAACCACUAUUCAAAUUAGGUUUAAACAGCAUUUUAUUGCAUUUUGUGAGGGUUUAGAUAUUAAUUCACAUAAUAACCUGGAUAAUAUGAAUACUAACGAUAAUGAUAAUAAUAGUUGGCCGUUAAAUGAAAGAUUACUAAAUGCCUUAAUUGGACAACGUGUUACAUCUUGA